GACGGGGAAUUCGGAGUCGUAGAGCCUCAUACGCGGGUCAUAAACGAUCCGCGGCCAUAGUAGAGGUGCACGCGCGAGAAUCGAUCCGAAUCGCCGGCGAUAAACGCAUCUCCCGCGAGGCGAUCGUCGCGCGCCGCGUCGCCGCCGAGCGAUGAGUUCCAAGUUUAUCAUCGAUAGCAUGCUCCCAAAGUACCACCAGCAGUUCCAUCACCAGAAUUUGUUCGCGGGUGCUGGGGCGUCGCCUAUAGAGGCGUCGCUGUCGUCUUCGCUGUCGUCGUCGCUGUCGACGUCGCUGUCAUCCUCGCUGUCUGGCGGGUUGGGGGCAGCGGCAUUGGGAGCAGGCUCGCCGGGUGCCGGCAGCCCUCAGCGCUCAUCAUCCUCAUCGUCGGCGUCACCGGGGGCGCCGGCGAGAAUGUAUCCUUACGUGUCGCAUCACCAGCAGUUCGGAGGGUCGGUGCCGUUCUCGGCAGCCGGAGGCUUGUCCGCUGCGGAUGACAAGAGUUGCCGCUACCCCACAGCGGUCGGAGGUGAUCCUAUGGUGAACUACGCAUUGGGACAGCACAAUGGUGGAGCGGCAGUAUCAGCGGCGUCAGCGAGCAUGGCCGCAGCGGCUCAGUUCUAUCACCAGGCGGCUGCCUCGGCAGCGUCAGCUGCUUCCGCGGCUACGGUGGACGCCAUGGGGGCAGCAUGUGCGCAGCCAUCCGCCCAGCCUCUGCCCGAUAUACCGCGGUACCCAUGGAUGUCCAUCACUGAUUUUCCAUUUCCAGAUUGGAUGAGCCCCUUCGACCGCGUGGUCUGCGGUGAGUUCAAUGGGCCAAAUGGAUGUCCACGAAGGCGGGGGCGACAGACCUACACGAGGUUCCAAACGUUAGAGCUAGAAAAGGAAUUCCAUUUCAAUCACUACCUGACACGCCGGCGCAGGAUAGAGAUUGCACACGCACUCUGUCUUACAGAGCGGCAGAUAAAGAUAUGGUUUCAAAAUCGACGCAUGAAAUUAAAGAAGGAAUUACGCGCCGUGAAAGAGAUAAACGAACAGGCCCGCAGGGAGAGGGAGGAGCAAGAUAGAAUGAAGCAGCAACAGCAAGAGAAACAGGCGAAGCUUGAAGGACAACAUCACGGGCAUCACGUCACCCACCACCACGACCCCAUGAAGAUGCCUAUCGACAAGGGCUCUAACGACCUCCUCAAAGUGAAUAAAGUCCCGACGUAAGGUGCCCGUAGCAUCGCAUAGGAAAUCUUGACUGAUCUUGUAUCAUAUAGUGUGAAAACAUGAAUGGAAGUGUUGCGUCCAUAUGGACCUGCGGGCAACGUUUAGUCGUUUCGUAUCCACUAGUUUUAUGUUUUGCGGCUGAUUAUUAGAAGUGUCGUCUCGUUGUGGAGGCGUUCCGUGACUCUAUUAUAAUUAAUGUUCCUUUAGUGCGGAGGACUUGCCUACGUGUCGUUCGCUGGGUGGACAGGCUGGUGAUGUGCUUUAAGCAUUUAUUUUGUUGCCAUAACCACACCUUGUAUUGCAAUAAUAUUUUACUAAAAUUUACAAAAAAACUUUAGAUUUGCUCUAAGAUUUACAUAGAAGCCCGAGUGAACUUCGGUAUUGUUAGUUAAGAUUUUAAAUCUGUGAAUCUCAUAGUAUUUAUUGCUACCACUUACUCUAAUCCAUUAUGUUAUAUUUUUAUUAUUAGAUAUUAUAUUAUGUACAUUUUGAUGUAUAUUUUAUUAUUUGUCCACUUUUAGUGGACUGGUUAUGUUUUAUCGGUCACAUUUUUUUAUGAUUGUGAAAUUUGUUGUAUUUUAUCAGUUGAUUUCGAAAAAAGAGUUACUUUUCUUUUGACCAGUUUGUGAUUCAUUUCCGUAGUAAAAUUAAGUCCGUAAAUUGUUGUAUCAUUUGAGCUUUUAAUUUUGAUAGUAAUAAUAAUGGACAAAUAUUAAUUAUUAUUAUCUACAUAGCUAAUUCCGUAAGAACUUAAAGUGUAUAUUUAUAACAAAAUACGUAUGGAAGUACAAUUGCAAAUAGGUCGUCGUAACGUUUGUUGUGUUUUAUAUUUUCGGUGUACCAGAAUGAAUAAUAUUGAUAUUAAGCGGUAUUUUUUGAUAAUUAUAAUUGAAGAAUACCAUGUCCAAUCGAAAUAGAACAUGAACAAAUGGAACAAAAUAAGAAAAAUGGAUAGGAACCGCAUGCGUACGGUACGCUGUCCUCGUAUCCCGAGUCAUCUGAUGUUCAAAAUUAUAUACGUAACGAUGAUACAUAUAAUAAAUUACAAUAAUGUGACUAACUAUAAAUUUUACACGUAAUAUUAAAGUUGAGUAGUAUAAGUGUAUUAUACAUAGAUAUAUAGGUUCGACUUUGUAUGGAGUAUUUGCUAAGAACAUUAAUAGGUAGAUACAUAACUUGCUAAGUUAGAAUAAACAGUGGUCACAAGCUUUUUAGUCACAUUUUCGUGUACGCCACUAUUCUUGUAUUUUCUGUUUAUUUACAGGCAGACUUUAUUACUUUUAGAACAGCAUGGCUGUAUUUUUACUAAGCUCAUAGAAAUUUAUCGGCUGAGUAAGUGACGCGCAUACCAACUGCCUAUAAAGUCAAUUUUUAGUGAAGCUAGAAGAUGUUUAUUUAGUGAAAUGUCCUACUAUCCUUUCAAGUAUAAGUAAAUAACUUGAUUAUGAUCACAUAUAGAUACACUUUCGUUCGCUUUCGAUUUCGAUUGUGCCAAAAUAUGAUAUGUAGCAUUUACUAUAACUACCGAUAUGUUUCUACCGCGUCCAUUAAUUCGUUAUAGGUUUUCUUUUUACUCGAAUACGUAAUAUCUGAACAAAAUUAGUAAUUAAAAAUUAGUCUUGAUAGUCACCAUUAUACGUAAAUUAAUGUCAGGGUAGAUUUAAAAGAUAAAAUAAAAGAUAUCUGUAUUAAAAUUGGAAAUCUUCGCUUAAUUUUGAUAAAUCACCUCUAAAUAUCUGUCCACUGUGUUAUUCAUAAAAUAUAGAAA